AUGGAUGACUAUUCCAUCUCUGUCUCCAGCGGCGAUGAAUCAGUGGAACCAAGGAAAGAUGAGGAGGUGAGAGCACCCUUCAUUGCCCUCUUCCGCUUUGCUCGCCCUUACGACAUUCUUGCUACAACUAUGGCAAUGGUUCUGGGUGCCGUGCAUGGUUCUUGUAUGCCAAUGGCUUUCUUCUUCCUUUCAGACCUGUACGUAGCUAUCUACAUGCCCAAUGACGAUGGAUCCUUACCGCCUGUGGACGGCCCGCACUCCAUUCGCAAUGCAAAGGUGCAAGAGGUUGGCCUGACGUACGUUCUUUUGGCCUUGGUUGUCUUGGUAGCAAGAACUGGGGGUUGCUAUUUGGUCAUCAAAGCAGCAGAUCGACAAGUGGUGGCCGCACGCCGGCAAUACUUUUACCAGAUUUUGAUGCAAGGCCCUUCGUGGCAUGACAUGCACAGCGCAGCGGAGCUUGCUCCAGCGCUCGUGCAAGACACGCACCUGUUCCGGGAUGGGAUUGGUGAAAGGCUUGUCGAUUUCACGCGCGCCUGUUUUAUGGCCGUGUCAGCUACAGUGCUCGCUUGCAGUCGUGAUUGGAAGGUCAGCAUUCUUAUGGCCAUCAUCAUGCCCAUCGCGGGCAUGUGCAUGGCUCUAUCUGUGGAAGUUGUUCGGAACUUCUCCACGGUGGUCGAAGCCUGCUAUUCCAAGGCUGGUGAAGUGGCUGUUACAGCUACGGAGCUGAUUAAGACAGUUACAUCAUUCAAUGGCCAGCGGUUGGAGCUGGAAUCCUUCAAUGGGCAUGUCGAUGAGGCACACCUCAAUGCCAUCCAGAUUGGAGUGGUUGCUGGCUAUGCGACUGGCCUUAUCAACACAGUGCUCAUCACAGGCAUGUCUUUGGGUGUCUACUUCGGCUCCCAAUGGGUGCUUCAAGACUAUGAGACGGAUUGCUGGCGUGCUUCGCCGCCUUUUGGGACCUGCCGGACAGGUGGGACGAUCCUGUCGGCUAUGUACACCAUCAUUUGGGGAUUCACGAUGGGCCUGGGUACCAUGAACAUGUGCUUCACGGCCUUUGCAAGUGCAAGGGCUGCCAUCCAUCGGAUAGUGGCCAUCUUGGAUGAGCCGCGUAGCGCCACGAGCCAAGGCCUAAGAGUGGGAAGCGAGGAUCUCAAGCCUGAAAGGUUCAGGCAAUGCCUGGUGAAGCUUAGAGAGCCCGUGACUAUCCGAAAUCCCCACGCUUUGACUUAA